AUGCGAGCUCCUUCCCAUUCUUCAAGCACUGUCGUGCUGGAUGCCUUUGACUUGCAUCAUGAGUUUGAGAAGAAGAGGUGCAGUAAAGCUCCCAAAGCGGUGGCCGAGGCAAUAGCCGAGAACCACGACCCCUCGGAGGCCGAGCUCAACGAACUGCAAAUUACUCAGAACAAGGGAAGCUCGACCAAGGAGAAACGACCUAAGGAAGAACAUGCGUCGGCUCCUAGCAACAAACAGAGAAGAGAUGACGAUUCGACCAGAGGUCAACGUUCGAGCAGACGACCCGAGAGCAAGUUCAGCUCUUACAUUCCGCUCAAUACGACACCCGAGCAGGUCCUCAUGGAAGUUCGGGACAAGCAGCUCUUAAAAUGGGGGAACAGGAUGAAGAACGAUGCCGACAAGUGGGACAAACGAAAGUACUACCACUUCCACCAUGACAACGACCAUUCCACCAGUGACUGCUUCGGUCUUAAGGAAGAAAUCGAAGCCCUCAUCCACGGCGGACACCUACGGGAAUACGUCAGCAGGAGGGAAGAACGAGCAGGUCGAAAAAAUGAGCAGCCCAGCAAUGGUAACAACAACGAGGCUACAAGAGAGAUCUACACCAUCUUUGGUGGAUAUACAGGAGGAGAUUCGAACCAAGCACACAAAGCUCAUACUUGGAGCAUCAUCCAUGAUAGCUCGGAACAUCAGAUCCACCUCACAUCCCGACCUCUAAAGGAACAGAGGGUAACCCCUUGUGAACUGACCUUCACCGAGGAGGAUGCCCGAGGUGUCCACCACCCCCAUGAUGACGCACUAGUAGUGGCCAUGAUUAUAGCCAAUCGCAAAGUAUUUCGAAACUUAGUGGACACCGGUAGCUCGGCCGACAUCCUCUUCGUCGAUGCCUUCGACAAGAUGGGGGUUGGAAGAUCUUAA